AUGCUCGUUCAGCAGUUGAUCGUCGGUCUACGCGAUGAAAAAGCUCGGGAAAAUCUCUUAUCAGAGAAGAAGGAUUUGUCAUGGGAGAAAGCCUGUGAUAUUGCCAGUCAUCAGGAGCGCGUGCGACAAAACCUUCAGCAGCUGAAUCAGUCAAACGAUGAAGUGAUAGCAUCCUUGGAAUCGGAAAUGGCUGUCUCCCUGGUCAACACUGCUGUGUCUUCACCUAGACAGCGACCCUCAGCUCCCUCAAAACAACUACCAUCAUGCUACCGUUGUGGUCAGCAUCAUAUCCGGUGGUCAGACUGUAGACACCAGAAGACGGUAUGCCAGUUUUGCAAGAAAGUCGGCCACAUCGAACGAGUGUGUUUCUCCAAAAGACGAGCGAAUAGUAACACGCAUGCGACCUACCCUAGUCCAGCUGGGGAUGGUGAGGCGAUACUCCGAAUGUUUCCGGCCAACGCUACUCUCCAAUCCCCCUACACCAUCACGCUUCCGGUUGAUCACCAUCCCGUGAAUUUUGAAAUCGACAAUGGCUCAGCUGUUACUCUCAUCAAUGAGACCUCUCUUCAGAAAGUACCCUCCCUCCUACCGGCCAGCUCAACAUUCAGCAGUUACAAUGGACAGAACGUAGAGGUUUGA